CUUAGUACCUCCUUAGAACUCUCCUCCAUACACCCUCGCACACCUACCUCUCUCUCUCACUACAAUCUUUUAUCCUGAAACUGCUAAACCCAACAUGGAGAAGCAACAGAUUUUCAAGUUCCUCCUAUGGUUAUCUCUUUCAUGUUUCACUCUUCACCUCGGAUUUGGUGCAAAGUGUUCAAGCAAUGGUCCAACCAUCCAACAGACUCAGGUGGGUUAUGGUUUGCCUCCAAAAUAUAUGGUGGAAGUCUCCAACAGUUGUCCUAUGUGUCCUGUCAUCAAUAUUCACCUGAAAUGUGGAAGCUUUCCUCAAGCUCUUGUCAAUCCUAAAUUUCUCAAAGUCUUAGCUUUUGAUGACUGUGUCAUAAAUGGAGGAUUGCCUUUGGCUCCUCUGCAAAAGUUUUCUUUCAAUUACACCCAUCACAAGUAUAUCUUGCACCCAGCUUCUUGGUACUUCCAAUGUGAAUGAUAAUCAUCUUAUAUACAUAUAUAAUAAUAAUAUUUCCUUUUCUCUUUUAGGAUUUUUCUUGAGUUUGGGCUUAUUGAGUUUCUAAUAGUUGUUAUCAUUUCUUUUCUUCUUCAAUUGUAAGAGAAAAUUAUAUUAUCAAUGUUGUAAGAGAAAUUUCUGUUAUCAAUAUAUA